UUGAGCUGUCUCCAGCCUCUGGGUGUGAAUUCCGGAACAAUGCAGACCUGGGCACUGUGGAUGCUCCCAGUACUCUGCAGAGUCAGCCUGGCAGCCCUGCCAGCUAAACCCGAGAACAUUUCCUGCAUCUUAUACUUUGGAAGAAAUUUGACAUGCACUUGGAGUCCAGAGGAGACUGGUGAUACCAACUACACCGUGAGGAUGACUUACUCCUUUGGGAAAAACAGCUGUACGGCUCCCGCCAGAAAGGCAUCGUGUUCUUUUUACCCCCCGUGUGUAUUACCCCCAGAUAUCUGCGGGGUCGAAGUGGAAGCUCAAAAUGGAGAUGGGAAAGUGAAAUCUGACGUCACAAGCUGGAACUUGGACCACAUAGUGAAAACGGAACCACCUAUAAUUUUAAGUGUGAAUCCAAUUUCGAAUAAAAUGCUCCAGAUACGGUGGAAACCCCAGGAAAGGCUUCUUUUGUAUCACCUAAGGGGCACAGUCCGGUUCAGGACUGUCAACAGCACCCACUGGACAGAAGUCAGUUUCGAGGAUCACGACUUGGUCUACAACCUCACUGGGCUUCAGGCUUUCACGGAAUAUGUCAUAGCUCUACGAUUCAGAACCAGCGAGUCGAGAUUUAGGAGCAACUGGAGUAAAGAAGAAACGGGGGUGACUAUGGAGGAAGUUCCUCAUAGCCCGGAUCUGUGGAGAGUCCUGGGGCCGGCAGACGUGAACGGAGUAAGGAAGGUGCUGUUGCUGUGGAAGAAGGCAAAAGGAGCCCCAGUCUUGGAGAGAACACUUGGCUACAACAUACAGUACUUUCCAGAAAACAGCACCAACCUUACAGAGAUAAACAAUGUCACUAAGCAGCAAUAUGAGCUGCUUCUGACAGGCCAGACACACUGUGUGUCUGUGACUUCUUUUAAUUCUCUUGGGAAGUCCCGAGAGGCGGUCCUGAGGAUCCCAGCUGUUCAUGAGGAGACCGUCCAGUGCAUCAAAGGCGUGCAGGCCCGCCUUGCCGAGCCCCUGCUGGUGCUGCAGUGGGUCAGCUCCGUCCCAGAGGUGGACACUUGGAUGGUGGAGUGGAUCCCUGAAACCGCAGAGUCCGCGUUCGCCGCCCUGUCCUGGGAAUCCGUGUCUCAGGCCACAACCUGGAGCAUCGAGCAAGAUAAAUUAAAGCCUCUCGUGUGCUACAACAUAUCAGUGUAUCCAGUGUUGGGGCAGCAAGUAGGCCAGCCAUACACAGUCCAAGCUUAUGCCAAAGAAGGAGCUCCUUCAAGAGGUCCUAAGACCAGGGUGGAGAACAUCGGACUGAAGACAGCCACAAUCAUAUGGCAAGAGAUUCCCAAGAGCAGUAGAAAUGGAUUCAUCAACAAUUACACCGUAUUUUACCAAGCUGAAGGUGGAAAAGAAUUCUCCAUGACAGUUAACUCCCAUGUCCUGCGGUACGACCUGGGGUCCCUGACGCGAAGGACUUCCUAUACUGUUUGGGUUGUGGCCAACAAUGGAGCUGGGGGAGCCAGCGGGGGAACAGUAAACUUCAGGACCUCAUCAAUCAGUGUCUUGGAAAUUAUCCUCCUGACAUCUCUGGUUGGAGGAGGCCUUCUUCUGCUUAGUGUCUUCACACUGACCUCUGGUCUCAAAAAGCCAAACAGGUUGACUCGUCUGUGUUGUCCUGAUGUUCCCAACCCCGCUGAAAGUAGUUUAGCCACGUGGACCAGAGAUGAUUUCAAGGGGAGGUCAAGUCCGAAGGAAUCUGGAAACUCUGGGAACACAGAAGACAGGGCCUUAAAACCGUGUUCUGUCCCCGCCGACCUCAUUGACAAGUUGGUGGUAAACUUUGAGAAUUUUCUGGAAGUUGUUUCCACAGAGGAAGCUAGAAAAGGUCAGGAGAGCAUUUUGGGAGGAGAGGCGAAUGAAUACGUGACCUCUCCGUCUAGGCCUGACUGUCCCCAGGGGAAAAGUUUUAAGGAGCCCUCAGUUUUAACCGAGGUUGCUCCUGGAGAUGCCCACAACCAGUGCUUGGGAAUGACAGAAGAGAUAUACACAGAAUUCAACGAGCAACCUCUCUCUUCCAGUCAGAGUCCCGAACCAGAGCCUCUCUGUGAGGAGCAAGCUCCGAAUCCAUAUCUGAAAAACUCAGUGACAACCAGGGAGUUUCUUGUGCAUGAGACUGUCCCAGAGCUCAGCAAGAGAGAAAUCUAA